AUGCCCAUAGAAGCCAUCCCAUCCUCCAUCUGGCCCGUCACAAACACGAUCGACCCGCUCUCCACAACCAGCGACCCCGUAUUCGCCACCAGCCUCUUCCGCUUCGCCGACCAAGGCAUGGGCCUAUGCAUCUGCAUGCACCACAACGCUACCGAUGCAAUUUGCUUCACGGAGAUCGUCCACCUCUGGGCUCUAAACGUCUCCAACCCUCACUUCGACCCCCCGACCCCAGUCCAGAACCGACUCACUCGACUCUCAACCGCCCUCUCACCCUCCCUCGAGCACAUCUCCUCUUUCUCCCCCGAGAACCUCUUCGCCCUUCACCCCGAAUACUCCCCCCACCCACCAACCGUCCCAACCGAACUCCCAUCAUGUACAUCCAAACUCUUCAUUAUCUCCCUCCACUCGAUCAACAUCCUUAAGGAACUCCUCCAAAAACACACCCCCACCCCACCAACAACCAACACCAUCCUCUGCGCUCUCCUCUGGACAUCAAUCACCCGAAUCCGAUCUCACCGUACCCCAGCCCUAAAAUCCCAACAAAGCAACCUAAUAACAGCAGUCAACGCCCGCAGCCGCAUCUUCCCCAACACAUCCCCUGACCCACACCCCAGCUACCUCGGCAACACAGUCCUCUACGCCCUAACCACCCACCCCGCCAGGAUCCUAUCAACCGCAGACGAAGAUCCCAUCCACUCACUAGCCACAAUCUGUGCCCAGAUAUCAGAAUCCCAAUCCCCCUCGAAGAUAAACCCGCGGUCUAUCGUAGAGGUAUAUCAACUCAUUGAGAACACUGGGCCUCCGUUCGUGGGAUGGGAUUUAUUUGGUUCGAAGGAUUUGGUGGUUACGAGUUGGUCGGGGUUAAAUUUGUAUGGGGUUGAGUUUGGGAUGGGCAUUGGUAGGCCGGAGUUUGUGAGGGUGGUGUGUGGGGAGGCGGAUGGGGUGGUGGUUGUGUUGCCGAGGAAGAGGGGGAAUGGGAUGGAGGAGGGGAUUGAGGUUAUGGUUAUGUUGAGGGGGGAGGAUAUGGUUGCUUUGGAGGGGGAUGGGAUGUGGGGGGUUGUUACUGGGGGAGCACGGGGAUGA